GUCUCCUCUGCAGCCUGUUUACAGUUCAGGACGUGUUUACCUACCCUGCAGCAUGAGGAACCCCACCACCCCAUCCAGGUUGAUGUGCUCAUGUUGUCGCUCCAGGAAGGAUGCUCCUCUGUUCAGGCUGCUCAGGAUGUCAUCGAUCACCUCCGCCCGCGACCCGGACACUGCGGCAAACAGAGCCAGCACUGCGGCCAGCGUGUGCGCCGCUGCCCGCAUCUUCUCACGCCGAUAAUCCCAGCCUUGAGGCUCCGGAAUGGUUUUUCUCUCCGACAGAGACCAGACGGAGAGAGGGGCAGGGAUGACGGGCUGUGUCUGUUUUGACAGGGGGAGAGUUAAAGUGGGGAGGCUGGGGGAGGGAACAGUGGCGUCAUAGGGGCUGCUUUUACGAAAUCAGAAAUCAAUACGUGAAAAAAGAGGUAUUAUACAGAUUCAAAGUCACGUGACACGUAAACGCUUGUUUCAAUAGACACUUCAAAUGUCAAGAGACCACAUAUUAGAUUUGUAGCUCUAUAUAACAGUAAGACAUAGAGACUGAAGAUGUCAACAAAGGUCAAACACUUAUUUGUCAGAUCGGGCUCACGUUUGAUCUUUUUUUUAUCUUGAAAACGUUGGUUUUAUUUAUUCUUUGGUUGUUGUAAUACUUAACCUUUGGCAGAUGGAAAACAUCCUGUAAAGGAAUAAAACUCCGGGCUUAACAGACCAAAGUCUACGUUUUUAACUUUUUUUUUCAAUCAUUAACCAACAUUGACUUUUCAGGAAAAAAAAUGUAAAAACCCCAUCAUGAUAGAAAAAAUAAGAAAAUUUCAAGAAAAAUUAAAAAUAUAUAAUAAAAUAAAUUAAAGUAUAUCACCAAGUCUAAUUUAUUUCACCAAUUUAUUUAAAUUUUUUUUUUCUUGAAAAGCUGUUUCUGUUUUAACAAGAGGUUAGUUUAUUGAAUUGUGUUGCCUCUCUCCGCAGAAGACCAGAAAGCCAAAAAUAAAAGUAGAACUAUCUUUGCAAAUAAGAUAUGAAUCUGCGAGCUCAACCUAAGUAACCUGCCCCUGCUUAACAAUUAUAUUGUGUGAAGAAAUUGUUUCCUUAUGGGCACAACAUUUAAAAAAAAAGUCCUUUCUGUAAGACAACAACUGGCACAAUACUAAUAAUCUCCGUCUAAACCACAAACAGAUGUUCAAAAUCUUUAUGGUGUUUUAUUAUCUUUAAAUUUUCACACAACCGAGUGAGGACAAAAAAUACACUUUUAAGUUUUGAUUGAAAUUUUUGAGUAACAACAAAAGACAGCUGCAUUCAGAAACAAAGAAAGUUACAGGAACCUGCCACAGCACAACUCUUUUAUUGAUUUUCCUCCUCUCACAAGGAAAAAAAUUGAUCAUAGUAAUAUUUUAUGUUGGCCACUGAAACAUCCCCCCUAGAAUCACAUUUGGGGAUCAACUAGAAGCAUAGACUGUAUAUACUGUGGACAACUUGGUUCCGCCAGUAUACAGAUUUGAAGCCAAAAUGCUCUCGGUAAUUCUGCGAUUUUUCUCCAUUUCCUGAAACCAACAUUGCACAGUAGCGUUGUACGCGCUCCACCACUUGCGCAGUAGCAAUGUGCGCAUUCGGCUGGAGUCGCUGUGCUGACGCUCGGCUCAAACUGCGUAUCCCCGGGAGAGCUACGCAAUCUUCGUACGCCUAUAGACUGUAUCAAGUGUCAAUCAUAGAAAACAUGAACCCUCUAAUAACUUUUAAAAACAGAGCUGUGCAGAAAAAAGAGGACUUGAGCACAAACCAGUCUUACAGUAACUACAUGUCAACAUCACAAGCAGGGGGGGGGAAAGAAUUAUUUUCUGUGUAAUAACUUUCUAAAGUUUGUCCACAGCUCCAUAAGCUUUGCUGGCGGAGGCGGGAUUUAUGACCUAUACUGCAUAAACGAUAACAUAGUUGCAAAAUUAGUAGGAAAUUCCUUAUCUGUGUGGUCCCUUUAAAUCUGAAGCUCCUCCCCUUUUCUUAGACACGUCACUACAAACAAACAUGGCGACUUACAGCACCUCCACGGCUCUCCUGCCAGUAUUAGUACUUCUUUUAGCGUUGUUAUUUGUCUUUGUCUCCUCAGGUUUAGAUGUAACGUGGCAGGUCGUGUCCCCAGCUGUCGUAACCGUCCUGCUGUUGCUGUGGUUACGGAGUUUACGGCGGCGGGACGCAGGGACUGACCGGCGAGUGUGUGUGCUGGUGUUAGGUGAUAUCGGUCGCAGCCCUCGGAUGCAGUAUCACGCCUUGUCUCUGAGCAAACACGGGUUUAAUGUGUCCUUUGUCGGGUUUUUAGGUAAGAAGGACUAUUUGAACUCGCUCUAAUCUAAGAAAGAGGGACCUGCACAAUAAGUGGUGUUCAGUGUGUGUAUUGUGAUGUGUGAUACCCCAUACACGGGGUAAGUUGACCAUAGGAGACCACUUUUUUGGCAUGCUAUAUUAUCAAGACAGUUAUGUUUACACUCAUUCUGUUGGUUUGCAGGGAUGCACAACAUCUUGAAAUAUAUGCAGAUACACUAGUUAGAGACAAAACAAUGAUCACCUUGAUGUCGUGAUCUGAAAUAUGAAAAUGGCUCAUCUUACCCCACUCUCCCCUACCAUUUGGGUUGUAAAAGUCUUUUUUUUUUUUACUUUUUAGAUUCCAAACCUCAUCAAGAUGUGUUGAGAGAAGAGAAAAUAAGAAUCUUCCCCAUAUCAGAAGUGAAAGGUGUCCAGAGUAAGUGAAAGUCUGUCUGUGAUGAAUGUGAAAUUCUUGCUGUCACCACCACACUUUCAGGAUGUACCUGUUGUUACUGUUAAAAAAAAAUAAAGGUGUGCCGUGUUUCGCUGUGUUUCUAUUUCAGUUGGUCCAAAAAUCCUUUCAUAUGUGACAAAGGUGAUCCUUCAGGUUGUCCAGCUUCUCUUUGUGCUGCUGAAGAUGGACACACAGUCUCAUAUCUUAUUGCAGGUACCAAGAUUAAAAGGGUAUUACUGUAUAUUCAAGUACAGUUUGCAUACAUAGUAAGAGGGACGGCUUUAAAAUCUUUGUUGCAAAACAAAUGCAACUAGACACCUGAUUUACUCUGAAAGUUUUUAAGAAAUCAACGUUCAUGAGUGUUGAUAUGUUGCUUAAAAGCUACACCAAUUUUGAGAUAAAAACAGAAUAAAUUUUAAAAGAUGAGAAAUUUUGGAAGUUAUCAACAUGGUGGUUGAAAAAUUCACUUAAAGUUGUGCUCUUCAUGAGGAUUUUUCUUAAUUUUUCCACCUGAAUCAUGAUGCACUGAUUCCUGAUUUCAUAAAGAGACUAAUGUUAUUUUUCAGUGUAAGUACCUUCAGCAAACUGAUUUAACAGUCAAGCUUUAACGUGUUUCAAUUUUCCAAUUUCAAAUAUUGUUCAAAAUACCUUCUACAGGUAUUUAUUUGAGUCAUUUUUAUUGUUGUAUUUGUAUUUGUUCCUUACGGUGGAUGUUAAUGAUGUUUUCCUUUGUAUCCCAGAAUCCCCCAGGCCUGCCAAGUAUCGCAGUAGUGUGGUUUGUUAGCAUCCUGCGAGGGAGCAGACUCAUCAUCGAUUGGCACAACUAUGGCUAUACCAUCAUGGCCCUGAGUCACGGACCAAGACACCCACUGGUGCAGAUGGCAAAGUGGUAAGUUCUCUGAAGAUGUCAGGUGUUUUGGAAACAAGGAAAUUCACAUUGCUCCACACAAGACACUAAAAGAAUCGUGACAGAGGUCAGCAAACACACUGAAAAAAGAUAAUUGAAAGAGGACUUGUUGAGUCAUUAUAUAAGUCCAUUAAAAUUUAAAGCGGAAAAAGAAAAAAGAGUAUAUUAAGACAGUAAGAAUGUAGAUGUUAUAGAUGUCAAAUAGAAGAGGCCCCAUGAUGGAGCUGUGGGGAACAUCACAUCUAAUUUUUGCCUGCUUGGAUGAGAAGUUACCUGUAGACAAAGCUGUCCUCAGUAAAUAGAAGAUAGGUAUCAAAAUACUCUUGAUUUCUGGCAAUGAUAUGGCUAACACGUUUUAUGAUUUUGUCUUUCUCCAGGUAUGAACACUUAUUUGGCCCUCUGGCCACUCACAAUCUGUGUGUCACCAAUGCAAUGAAGGAAGACUUGCAAAAAAACUGGGGCAUCAGGUAUGACUUUACUUUUUCUUUUUUUUUUGCACUCAUGUUCGAAACAAAGAAAAAAUGGAUUCUUAGGUCAGUCUCUCAGCCUGUCUCAUCCUUAGGCCUGACUGUUUGAACAUAGAGUAUCAGGGAAACGGAGUUGGAGGAAAUGAUUUGAGGAUUUGUGUUCUGUCAUGUGUACAAAUGUUUGAAGUUCUACUUCUGCAUUACCUUUCAUAUUACAGUUCUGAGUGAAAAUUUAUCAGAGAGAGAAACAGUUUGGACGGUUGUGUAUCUUUGCAGAGCGACAACACUAUACGACAGACCGGCCUCCAUCUUCAGAGAGACGCCAUUAAAACUUCAGCACGAGCUCUUCAUGAGACUGGCCAAAACAUAUCCUCAGUUUCAGAAUGAAGGGUGAGAAAAACACCACAGAAAUAUUAAAUGUAUUUUAAUCAGAGUGAUAAAAAGGUACUCACAAUGCAUCGAAGUAUAUAAAUCAUGUUCCACUGGUGUGUGUUUCAGGUCUGCAGAGAAAGAGGUUCAAGUGGAGAGGACUGUUUUCUCAGUUUGUGAUCUCACUGAUGACACAGUGACUUUGAGAGAGGAGCGACCAGUGCUGCUGCUCAGCAGCACCAGCUGGACAGGUGAGAGGACGAGACUGUAAAGGUGGAUUUGACACCAUCACAAAAACAUACGCUCUGAAUGUUUAAGUAAGGAUUUAUUUGUUUGGAAUCAUGAUAAAAAAAACUAUGUCUGAUUAUGUCAUGAAGUAUCACAAAAUGACAUAUUUCUGUUUGACUACAAUCACUUUAAACCACAGUGAGAGAGACUGUCAGAUUGAAAGCUAGAUGUGGAUUUGCUUUUGAAAUGUGGACAAUCAGAGGCUUGUGACCUGGGGCGAUACAGAGCUUCGGAAAUUGAAUUAACAACAACUUCCACCCUGAUAUAAAUCAAAUAUUCAGAUAUAUUAAUCACAUGUUUGCAGUUUUUUUUUCAUUAUUCUGAUGAUUAUAGCUUUUUUUCCCAAAACACAAUCCAUUGGUCUCCAAUCUUUUAUCUGACUGCCUGACUGAAAUUUGACAUUUUUUCCAAUUUGUGUCUGUGCUCAUUUUCCACAGAGGAUGAGGAUUUUUCCAUCUUGCUGAAGGCUCUUGAAGGUAGAAAAUAGUUUUAAAAAUUUGCAGUUUCAUCUUUGUUCAUGCAGCAGGAUUAAGAUGAAACCCUGAUUCCAAAAGAUUUUGGACACUGUCACUUUGGUGGUUUGCAAAAUGUGUAAUUCCUGCAUUUAAUUGUAAAAAGUGCAAUGAUAAAACUCCAAAUGUUAAAACUGUAAAAGGUGAUUAUUUUAUAAAAACGUAUAUGUUCAUUUUAAAUUUGAUAACUUUAGUGUGUGUUUGUGUUUCAUUGUCUCUUAUCUGCUUUUUCUCAACAGACUAUGAGGGUUUUAUUAGAGGAGGAGCUUCUUUACCGUCUUUAGUGUGUGUGAUCACAGGUAAACAUCUGCUGUCCCACCCUCUGAAAACAUCUGAUUCCAGACGAGCUGCACGUUUUAUUCUUUGUGUGUGUUACUCUUUUGAUGAGUCUGCCUGUGUGGUGUGUGCAGGUAAAGGUCCUCAGAAGGAACAUUACAUGAGGCUGAUUGACGCUCUAAGUUUAGAUCACAUAAAGAUCUGCACCCCCUGGCUGGAGGCUGAAGACUAUCCAGUUUUAUUAGGUAAGACUCUCUGUGAUGAGAGCUUAUUUUCAGCUCUUCUUAUAAAAACUAUUUUUUUGCAGACUAGGAUAACUAUUCUACAUGUUUUAUCCUACAACUGGAGCAGUAACUUGAUUAAAUCUAAACUUUUAAGGCCGAGGUCCCACUUUUCGGUUAAACAUUCAUAGCUUAAGGCUGAAAGUCUUAUAGAGAAUAACAGACAUUUAUGCUCAGAGUGUCUUUUACCUGAAGUCUUUAAGUGUACACCUCAUUGUGUGCGUGUGUGUGUUCAGGUUCAGCAGACCUGGGUGUGUGUCUCCACAUGUCAUCGAGCGGUCUGGAUCUGCCAAUGAAAGUGGUCGAUAUGUUCGGCUGCUGUCUACCUGUCUGUGCCAUCAACUUCAACUGGUGAGUUCCGAUCAGGGGGUCUGAUUCAGAUUUAUCUACAUCAGUGGUUCUCAACUGGUCUCACUCUGGGACCCACAUUUUCCCAUGGUCCUUAAGCGGUGACCCACUUUCAUUGAAUUAAAACCAAGCAACUUUAUUUUUUUGAUAAGAAAACCUUUAAAUAUUCUAAUCUUUAACAUAAAUCCACUUGUUUUAUUGAGUAAAGUGCAUUUCAGAGCACACAAAGGGGACAACAGGAGGACGACAACUACUGAAGUUGCAUAAACAGAAAAUAUCAAAUUUCUAAUAAAUAUCGUAUUAAAUAUUUACUUUUUUGACAGCUGUUCGUGACCCAUCCAGAACGUGUUCGCGACCCGCUUUUGGGUUGGGACCCGCUAGUUGAGAACCACUGAGCUACAUCAUAUAAUCAGUUUUAUUAUUUCUCAGCCUCUCUUGUCCUCAACCUUUUUAUUGUUUGGCUGUUCUUCUGUCCAUUUGAUUACAUUUUGUUCUGUUUUUAUGUUUAAAAUGAAGAAGGACUUUCAAAGCAGAAAAUCACAUAAUUUGCUGCAGACCUUAAUUUCACAGUAGAGUAUAGGCUGUCAAUGUCAAAAGGACACAAAGCUAAUCAGACACUCUGGUAUUGUCCCAGUUUACAUGAGCUGGUGAAGCACGAGGAGAAUGGGCUGAUCUUCAAAGACUCUCAGGAGCUCGCAGAGCAACUGAAGGUGAGACACACGCACGCACAAACCUGAACAAUAUGAGCACCAAAACACAGACACAAAAAGACGCAUCUAAUUAAACUUAUCAAGCAGGCUGCAGGAUAAUCUUUAGGGAGUUUGAACAACACACAGACCAUUUGGUCAACAUUUAAUAGUUUUAGUAUACUGUUGAUCGGUUUCACCUCUAAUGGAACAAAACAGGCUAUUUGUGCAUUCCCUUUCUGUCACAUCAUUUAUUCAUGAACUUGAUUGUUGCUUCAUGAAGCUAAAAGUCAAAAUACUCUGAAUAAUUAUUUGGAAAACUGCAAAACUCUCAGGUAGGCAAAUGUAUAUACUCAGUUCAUACACGGUUUCCCCCACAUGACUGCAAGUGAUGAGCCUGGUCUGACAGUUCAAAUGUCAGACUGUAAAUUGUUGUAAAAAAGAGGAAAAUCUGUGAUAUUCAGAUAAAUCUUGCAGAUACAGUCCCUACAAAAGACACCUCGAUACUCAUUUAUGAUGUGAUCAUCAUGACUACACACACAUGUUUCAGCCGACUUCACUGCACAUAGCUUUUGAUUGAUCAACAGCGAAGUGUAGAAGUGGAUAAGAUGCUGAAUCUCUCUAUCACUGCUUUUUCUUGUUUUUAUUAACUGAUUUUUUUGUGUCUUGUUUUGUUUCAGUCUCUUCUGUCAGACUUUCCCAGUUCAGAUGGCAGACUGGGCACUUAUAGGAGAAACCUUCACACCAGCAGAGGGCAGCGCUGGGACGACAACUGGGACCAGAAUGUCCUCCCUCUACUUAAAGCACCCUGAUAAACACCAGAUUAGGAACUAGAAAUAAGAUUUUUUUUGAAGACCAAAAGAACUGGGAAUUUUUAGUUUUUUACCAUCAAUGUUUUCAGGAUUACUCUGAUUUCAGACAAACCAGCUAGAACCGAAAAACGCUGAGAAAAAGAGUAAGAAUGAGCAACAGAAAUUAGGGACAUCAGUUUAAUCAGUAUUUUGUCGUAUGAAGUUAAUAGUCUCUUUGGGUUCAGGAAGAAGAAUGAUGAUAAUAAAAGUAUGUAGAUUUUUCAGAGGGUAAAAAAUCUUAAGUUGAAUUUCUGGCUGUUUCAAAGAUGUAAAAAACGAAACCCUGCAGUCAACCUCCAGAGAGACGAACUCUCUGCCUCUUCAUUCCUGCUUCACAUCACUUCAGUGUAAAAAAUGACAUUUUUUACUGUGUACAUUUGUAAAUAAAAUCUUUAUUAUGUUAAA